UCGCGUUUUCCCGCAUACAUCCGUCCAUCGUAACGUUAACCUACUAUGUGUGAGAGAGCUCGAGCCUUGUUUACAACGUCAAUUCAACGGAUUCAGACUACAGGAUUUACUCUACAUCACUCACAUUUCCUAAAUCAACACAGAUGCGACGCUGCAUACAUCAUCUGACCCCUACCCCGCCUUCUGAUGGUGAAAUGAAGCUGUAAAAUCUCAGACUGCGGUGGGAGGCACAGAGAGACCAUUUUUAGGCACGGACGGGUAUUAUUUGUCAUCUUUCUGAGUUUCUUCGCCGAUUUUAGGCCCUUAUCACACGCUGGAUGCGAGCUAUAAGGAUCCCCGAAGAUCUCACGCGUCCUGUGAGUUUUAGUCAGCGGAUCUAGACGGGUUUCACUGGAACACGGCUAAAGCCAAAGCCAGCCAACAACAAGGGGACUUGCAACGUGUUUUUCCUAUUUUUCCGCACGACAUGGAUUAUGGAAAUGUGGACUCAGACGCCUCUACGCGUUUCCCCGGGUUAUUUCUGCACAUUUCACCGAGGGGAGGGUCUCAAAAAUAGCAGUAAAUAGCACGAUAAUCUGCGCGGUCGAAUCCGCCUCAUGGUGAAGCCGGAGCGGACUACGGCUGCUGGAUCUCCCGCCGGGGCGUCUGGACGUUGGGACACGCGAACAUGAGAUACAUUGCUAAUAUUUAGUUCCAGCUCAUAUAGGAUUAUUUUUCACCUCUUUCGUCUUUCACGAUAAAGCACCAAGCUGGAUUAACCGAUUUUGAUGCAACAAUUUUGUACCGGAGAGACCUCGAGCACUAUUCACUUUAAACGCUGUCUCGCGCUUUCUUAAAUGACUUUUUUGAAGGAGCGUUCGCCUUGUUUUUGUAUAGGAAUGAGGUCUGGCAAACAGAGGACACACUGGACCUUGUUAUGUGGUCUGGUGCUGGUCGUCUCUGCUCUGUGCUAUGGAGAAAUCUGUGGUCCCGGCAUUGACAUUGGAAAUGACAUCAGUAAUUUUAAGCUGCUGGAGAACUGUACGGUGGUUGAGGGCUACCUGAAGAUCCUUCUCAUCGGAGACAAAAACAACAAGAACCAAGAGGUCUUCCGCACCCUUAGUUUCCCCAAGCUGACCUUCAUCACGGAAUACCUUCUCCUCUUUCGCGUUGCCGGUCUGGAGACUCUCAGCACGCUCUUCCCCAACCUCGUUGUCAUCCAGGGCCGCGACUUGUUCUACAACAACGCUCUGGUCCUAUAUGAGUUGACCAGCCUGAAGGACAUCGGCCUGUACAACCUGCGAAACAUCACGCGGGGUGCCGUUCGGAUCGAGAAGAACCCUGAGCUGUGCUAUAUGGAUUCUGUCGACUGGUCUCUCAUUAUGGAUGCUGAUUUUAACAAUUUCAUUACUGAAAAUAAACCGUCCAAGGAGUGUGGAGAUGUUUGCCCCGGAAUCAUGGAGGACAACCCUCAGUGCAUCAAGACGAACUUCAACGGCAAUUACAAUUACAGAUGCUGGACCUCCAACCAUUGUCAGAAAGUUUGCCCAGAGGUUUGCGGUCACCGGGCUUGCACUGACUCGGGGGCGUGCUGUCACCCCCAGUGUUUGGGUACCUGCACCGAGGCUGACAACGACCGGGCGUGUGCCGCCUGCCAGCACUAUUAUCACGAGGGUCGCUGCGUGGAAGACUGCCCACAUGACACCUUCAAGUUUGAGGGCUGGCGUUGCAUCACCAUGGAUCUGUGCUCCAGGGUCCACCUGCCCGAUUACGAUGGAUUCGUAAUCCACAGGGGAGAGUGCAUGGCUGACUGCCCGCCCGGCUUCAUGCGUGACGAGAACCUGAACAUGCACUGCAAGGCCUGUGAGGGUCCGUGUGACAAGGUCUGUGAAGAAAAGGUCAUCGACUCGGUGGACACGGCUCAAUUCUUGAAGGACUGCACCUAUAUCAAAGGCAACCUGUAUAUCAACAUCCGGCGUGGCCAUAAUAUAGACUCAGAGUUGGAGAAGUACCUCGGCCUCAUCAAGACGGUGACGGGAUACGUAAAGAUUCGUUCCUCUCACGCCCUGACCUCUCUUAACUUCCUCAAGAGCCUGAGAAACAUCUACGGAGAGGAACUCUGCGAAGACAUGUAUGCCUUCGUGGCGUUGGAUAAUCAACGUCUUCAGUCUCUGUGGGACUGGUCCCAGCACAACCUCACCAUAUCUGCCGGAAAACUGCAGUUCCGCCUCAACCCAAGACUCUGCGUGUCCGAGAUCCGCAAAAUGUGGAUCAAAACGGGAAUUAAGGAGAAGUUUACAGAAGAAGACUUCAGUAAAAAUGGAGACCUUUCAAGCUGUGGAAGUAAGACUCUGAAGCUCUUGUCUAGCAGUAUGAAAAGUGAUCAAAUCAAGUUAACGUGGGAGCGAUAUCGGGCGCCGGAUUCCAAAGACAUCGUCAGUUUUGUCGUGUACUACAAAGAAGAACCUUUACAGAACAUUACAGAGUUUGAUGGUCAGGAUGGCUGCGGCGGAUCUGACAGCUGGAACAUUAUUGAUGUGGAUUUGCCAGAGAACGAAAACCAGAAACCAGGAAUUGUGCUGUCCUCACUCAAGCCCUGGACUCUGUAUGCCAUCUUCGUUAAAGCUAUAACGUUAAGCGUGGAAAAUAAAUACAGGCAGUAUCUCAGUGCGAAGAGCGAUGUGAAGUAUAUCCGGACUAAAGCAUCAGCCCCCUCGAUGCCUUUAGACGUCCGAGCUUACGCUAAUUCCUCAUCAAAGCUGGAGGUCCAGUGGUCUCCACCUGCGUCCUUCAAUGGAAACAACACUUACUACCUGCUGCGCUGGAAACAGCAAGUGGAGGAUCGUGAGCUCUACCAGCACAACUAUUGCUCUAAAGAACUGAAGAUACCGCUGAGGAUUUCAGCCACGAGUUUGACAGAUACCGAGGACAUGAAAUCCACCAAUUGCGAAACAGAGGGACGGGACAAAGAACCCUGUUGUCCGUGCCCUAAAACGGAGGAGGAAAUGAGAAUCCUCAAAGAACUUAUCUACUUCCGCAAAGUCUUCGAGAACUUCCUCCAUAAUACCAUAUUCACACCCAGGCCUCCUGACAGACGACGACGAGAUCUGUUUGGAGUGGCCAACUCAACCCUUCCCCACACCUUGACCCCGGGAAACUGGAACCUGACGGUGGGAAACUUCUCGGACGACGUGCCACCCAGACGUGAAUUCCUCUUUCAUGAGAGGAAAGUUAGGGAGAGGAACACUGAAAUCGGCGGCCUGCAGCCCUUUACCAUUUACCGCAUCGACCUGCACGCGUGCAACGACGAGGUUCGACACUGCAGCGCCGGCACCUUCGUCUUCUCCCGCACCCAACCGGCAGAAAAAGCUGACGACAUUCCCGGCUCCGUGACUUGGGAAGGUCUGGACGAUUCUGUGUUCUUGAAAUGGCCCGAGCCGCACAAACCCAACGGCUUGAUUUUGCUGUAUGAGAUUCAGUACCGCUUGGGAACUGAGUCCGAGAAGCACGAGUGUGUAUCCCGCCACCACUAUAUGGAGCACAAAGGAUUUAAACUCUCCAAUCUGGGAUCUGGGAAUUAUUCGGCUCGGGUGCGAGCGACUUCGCUGGCUGGGAACGGGUCCUGGACAGAACCCAUAGCUUUCUAUGUGCUUCAGGUUAAACAAUCGGGUUAUGAGCAAGUUCUUUAUUUCAUGAUCAUCCCCAUCGUCUUGAUUUUGGCCGUCUUCACUGGAGUGGCUUUCAUCCUGGUCAAUAAGAAACGAAACAGUGACAGGCUUGGAAAUGGGGUCCUGUAUGCUUCGGUUAAUCCAGAAUAUUUCAGUGCUGCAGAGAUGUAUGUUCCAGAUGAAUGGGAAGUUGAGCGAGAGAAAAUCACCCUGUGCAGGGAGCUCGGUCAAGGCUCUUUCGGUAUGGUGUACGAGGGCAUCGCCAAAGGCGUCGUCAAAGGCGAGUCGGAAACAAGGGUGGCCAUCAAAACGGUGAACGAAUCGGCGAGCAUGAAUGAACGGAUCGAGUUCCUCAAUGAAGCGUCGGUCAUGAAGGAGUUCAACUGUCACCAUGUGGUUCGUCUUCUGGGUGUGGUCUCGCAGGGUCAGCCCACCCUGGUGAUCAUGGAGCUGAUGACACGUGGCGAUCUGAAGAGUUAUCUACGUUCGCUACGCUCCACAGAGAGCCCCUCCAGUCUGCCUCUGCCACCGCUGUCGACGAUGAUUCAGAUGGCAGGAGAGAUCGCAGAUGGCAUGUCGUACCUCAAUUCCAAUAAGUUUGUUCACAGAGACCUGGCAGCCAGGAACUGUAUGGUGGCCGAGGAUUUCACAGUCAAAAUUGGUGAUUUUGGCAUGACACGGGACAUUUAUGAGACCGAUUACUACAGGAAAGGAGGAAAGGGACUGCUGCCGGUACGAUGGAUGUCUCCAGAGUCCCUCAAAGACGGAGUCUUCACCACCAUGUCAGAUGUGUGGUCCUUUGGUGUGGUGUUGUGGGAAAUAGCCACCCUGGCGGAGCAGCCCUAUCAAGGCAUGUCCAAUGAGCAGGUACUGCGGUUUGUCAUGGAGGGAGGACUGCUGGACAAACCAGACAACUGUCCUGAUAUGGUGUUUGAGUUAAUGCGCAUGUGUUGGCAGUACAACCCCAAAAUGCGGCCGUCCUUCCUGGAGAUCAUCAGCAGCAUCAUGGACGACCUGGAUACGGCCUUCAAAGAGACCAGCUUCUUCCACAGCGAGGAGAACAAACCCCCCGACACCGAAGAGCUGGACCUGGAGAAUGUGAAAGCCAUGGAGAAUGUUCCUCUGGAGCCGUCCUCCAGCCUCCAACCCCUCACCUCCUCCCUGUCCUCUCCUCAUCAGUGUACGCCCGGACCCCAGGGCUCGGCCGGCCCGUCAUCUCCUCAUUCCUCCCCCUGCUCCACGGACAAGUACCCGCCCGUGGCAAACGGACCCUCUAUGGUUCUCCGGAGCCCGUUUGAUGAGACUGAGCCUUACGCUCACAUGAACGGAGGCCGUAAGAACGAGCGUGCCUUGCCUCAGUCGUCGGCCUGCUGAUCGGCGGGCCGUUUCCUUUAGGUCACGUUUUUUUGACUGACCCUUGGACAUGUUUCUUUGACUGUCAAGCCACUGUGUGGUCUCGGGAGAAAUAUAUUUAAAAAUAAUAAAGAGAGACAAAAAGAGAAAAUUAUAUAAGAGUCUGAUCAAUCGAUUUUCAAUCACCUCAACGUGCGAAGUUUGGAUUUCUUUGCUCUUUUGUGUAUUUCUAUUGAAUUGAUUGACAUAAACUGGUUUGUUAUUUCUGCAGAUGGACUGAAUCACUGACUGAGAAACCAUAAACCUGAUAGACUGACUGUUUUAGUUAUGUUUUAUUUUUCUAUACUUCUAAACUGGUUUGAAGGUCUAUCAAGUCAGUAGUGGUACAGUGAUAUUACUUAAACACUCUGCAUAUCUUUAUAGCAACAGAAAAUCACUUGGUCUUGUCUUUGAGUUUCCAAAGACAUGCGUAGAGAUUAUAUAGUUUAUAGCGCAGGUGAGAGAGUCCCUUUCCUCCCAUAUUAAAUAUUCCACCCCCCGAACCCCUACUUAAAUUUAGGUAUGUGUGCAAAAUCACAUCACACAAAUUCUCAAACCUACCAAAUGCAUUUUCCGUUUUUAUUUUGCCAAAUUCUACACAGUUGUUUCCCAUUUCUUCAACACAAUCUCACUCGAAUUUCUAAAAUGACUCCGACACUCCAUGUUUUAAACGCUGCUGUAUAUCUUCAAACCCUCAUCUUUUUUAUCUUUCUCUAAGAAACGAUUUGGGUUUUUGAUUUCAUUCAGAAAUCAAACAAAAGGCGUCGUGAAACAAUGCAAAAUCAACAUGGCACCCAAAAUGUUGCAACAGAAAUUUUGAAGAAAUUAGGCUAAAAACAAAGUAUUUCUCCAGUUGUUCAGUGGUAAAAUGUGGCGUUGUGGAGGUGAUGCGUGUUUGUGUAAAUCAGAUCUGAUCUUUCAGCUGGAUGUUGGACCUCAGAGCGUGUACAUUGACUGUCACUUUUGUACCUUUUUACACUUCAGAUGAUCAUCUGUGUGUCUGUGCUGAAAAAUCUGCUAAUCUGCUAUUUUACUCUUAUUUUUCUUUUGUGGUUUAUAUAUAUUAUAUAAAUAUAUAAGGAGGUUCUUCAGGUGUAAUCUUUUGCAUCUUUCCACUACGGUCCAUUUCAUGAUGCUUAUAGUUCUGCUAAAGAAGAAAAGAGAUGUGAGGUACAGAAAUUCAGUUCUGCCAUGUAAAGUUGUUUAUUGCCUUCUGUUUAUAACAAGAACUAUUUGAAUGUCAUUGAAAUAACAUGGAAGCAGUAUAAAGAUGGAAAUGAGGAAUGUUUGAAUUGGUUAAGAUCACCAGAUUUUGUGUGCGAUUAGAUUUUUCUACAGUCAUCCAGAUAUCAAAACAGAAAUGGCUAUUGUAAAUUUUCCUCUCAAAAGUUCCUUUACUUUUCAAAGAUCGUCCAGGAUCACACAAGACACCGACCUGAUGCUCCUCUCUGAUCAUUUCUGAUUUCAGAUCUCUAACAUCAUUCAAGUGAUGGUUGAUUUCUGGAUGACAGAUCUAGUGUCUGUGAGCUGAUAUUGUCAGGACUGAAGGUUCAGAGCGAACAUCAAGAGGACAGGAGGUGAUGUGUCCUCACAGUUCACUCUCAUCCUGCUGCUGCUGAUGAUAAUACUGCUCCACAUCAUCUCAUGACAUUCAUUUGUGAAAUCAGCACAUUACGGUUUAGUCCAUGACUACAGCAGAUCUGAGAGGAGAACAGAGGAGGUGCUCAUGAUCUCGAUCUGGUGCCAAUGAACGUUUAAGGAAGGCUUUGUGUAAUUCCAUGUUUUUAUUUCACCUGUUUAUGCCGACAGAAAAACGUUGUGUUGUUUAGUAAAACAGCUGAGAGGAGUUCAAGAGAUUUUGAACUUUGAUAUAAAAAGAAUGCAGAAUGGGAUGGAGACUCAGGAAUGGAGAACGUUUGGUGGUUCAAGUCUGUUCAAACCCGACUUUUCUGAUUAAAAAA